GUAGCUCGGCUCCGCUCGUCGAGUGAGGUUGUGAGUGUAGUUGGGGCUGUCUGGGUGAGACCGUAUCUCAGCGAGCUGUGAGGGAACAGGUCGGGCCCUAAGUUUUGAAAUUUUUUCAACGAAUGAAGUUAUGGAUUAACUCCUGCUCCCUUAAGGCAAAAAUUGGGAUUUUACGACAGUAAAGUUUGUUGAUAGUUGGAAGAAAAUGAAAGCCAUCACACUAGUCGUGUGGAUGACUGUGUUAGGCAGUUGUUUGCUCGACCUCACCCACGCUAAAAAGAUCCCCCGUUGGUGGAUGAAGGUCGCUCAACGGCAAGGACCAAAUGCCUGCGUUGUCGAAGAAGUGCCCGGCACCGGCAAAGAAUUUUGGACAGAAUGUCGGUAUUGGCUGAACAGAAAAAUCUGUGGAAGAAAAACGAUCGUUCGCUUCGAAUGCUGCGAAGGCUUCGAACAGAUUGAGGGAGAGAAUGGCUGUACCAGAGUGAAGCCGCUGAUGAACCUGCUGGAGACGGCGGAAGCACUGGGAGCGACGCGCUGGGCAGCGUACAUCAGGGAGAGCGGGCUGGCCAACGAGCUGGAGACCGCGGGCGCCUACACGCUCUUCGCGCCCACUAACCAGGCCUUCGAUAGUGUAAAAAGCUCGCUUAAAAGCCAGCUUGAAUCUUACCGUGGCAAUCCCAACAACCCAAUCCUGCUGUACCACAUCGUGCCUACCAAGCUCCCGUCCGACCACUUCGAGGCUAACACCGUCGUCGAGACUCGGGCCGAUGGCAACUUCCUGAGGAUCAACAAAUAUUCUAAUGGAAUGAACACCAUAAAUUGCGCUCUGUUACUGCAAAAAGACCAGCAAGCAACAAACGGAAUAGUUCAUAUCAUAGACACAAUGCUGGAUCCAUCCAAGUCCCUGCCCGAGAACGUCGCUGAUCUUGUACUCAAGGACGGACGCUUCACUGUACUAUCUGAGAUGCUAGAGAAAAGUGGCUACAUCAACGUACUGCGCACCAUGCAGGGUUCCAUCACCUUCCUAGCGCCCUCUGACGAAGCUUUCCAGAAACUACCGGACUCCAGACGCGAUAAGAUCAUCAACGACCGAGAGGCUAGGCUAGCUCUGAUCCAGAACCACAUUAUCCCACACGUUAUCUGCGAGUCAGCCAUAACUGGGGAGCAUAAAGUGCGGACCGUUAGCAGCAACAAGCUGACUUUCAACUGCGACAUUAGUGGCGCCUACGUCGAGACCUCCAAACUUAGAGGAAACUUCAACCUCGGGAAAAAUGGCAUCAUUCACAUUUUGGAUGAUGUGUUGCUGCCCGAUAGAGCUAAAAACCUGAUUGAGCUUGCCGAGAGUCGUCAGCUUUUCACGUUCGCCGAACUGGUGCGCAAUGCAGGCCUCGAAGAGACGUUGAGCCACACCGGCGACUACACCUUCUUCGUGCCCGACGAAAACGCGUGGUUCGAGUUGGAUCCAGCAGUGCUCCAGCAGGCACGGCGAGACGUCGAAUACGCAGGACUGCUGCUUCGCUUCCAUGGAGCCUAUGGUCGUCACCUCACCAACGCCAUCACUGAUAAUCAGGCCAUCAUGUCUCUGGACGAAGAAAACCCCGUGAGGCUUCAGGUAUGGCGCCGCGCGAUGGGAGUGGAGGACGCUCGUAUUACUACGCCAGACAUCGAGGCGCAGAACGGAGUCAUCCACAUCAUCAACAAGGUCAUUUUCCCAUCCAACCAGACGGCCAUCGCAACUCUGAGAUCAUUGCCCGGCCGUGAUACCUUCAACCGUUACCUGGAAGUUCUUCAACGGGCCAGCUCGCUGUCACCUCCAGUGUUGACACUUCGACCCGAAGAUGAAACUUUCUACACUUUCUUUGUCCCUUCUGAUGCUGCCAUCGCCAGAGUUGAUGGGACUAGCCAAGAAAAAUUGCGCAGAGGAGACGCUAGCUUUGUCACAUCAUUUGUGAAGAGGCACGUGGCUGUGAACAUGUUCCCGCACAUGUCCUUCGAACCUAACCUCAUAUAUUCGAUUGAAGCCAUGGACGGACGAAAUUUCAACGUUAAGAAAAACGCUGAAGGAAAGCUGACAGCCAAUGGGGUAUCGGUACGAAGUUCACAUCUGAGUGCUAAUGGAGUGAUCCACGUCAUAGAAGAUGUGUUCCCCUCAAGCUCUGGAGGCUACAGCAGCAGUUCUUCGUCUUCUGAAUCCUCAUCCUCUGAGUCGUCAGAAAGCAAUGAAGGAAGUGGCGGUUACGUCACCACAUCAUCGUCUUCGACCUCCUCAUCUAGAGGAGGCACAACCCACUCAACUCGCACUUACCACAGAACGGUUACUUUCGCGGAAGGAUUCGAUGACGCAAACCCAUUAUCGACGUUUCCGCAAGGUAGUGAAUUAUCGAGUAGUGUCCGAGGAAAGCCAGAGAUAGUACCUUCUCCUUCUGCCAACCUUCCGACUUACUCUGAGUCGUCCUCUACUGACGAUAGAACAGUUACAACUCACGGAGUGUCCGUUGCUGGCACUGACUCAGACGUUAACACUUUCCGGUUGCAUGGUAAUUCACAUCAUCUCUCUGGAACUUCUUUUGAUACUGUCUCUCAUACGAAUGCGCAUGGUAUCCGUAACGAAUCUGGUUAUAGUUUGCAUGAUCUAGAACCUGGUUUAGAGAAGUGGGAAAAAACAAGAACAACUCUGAAUAGUGGAGUUAGUGGAGCAUGGCAUGGCAAUGGAAAUGACCACGACCAAUAUGAUCCUAAUGAAAUUGAAUACGAGGAAGAAGAAAGAAGAGAACUAGAACGUAGGCAGAGAAUGGAGAUAAUUCGCCAAGAAGAAAUUGCGCGACAAGAGAAAAUUCGCUUAGAAGAUGAAAGACGACGGCAAACUGCCGCUGCAGCAGAAGCUGCGAGGGUAAGACAAGAGCAAGAAGAAUCUAGGAGACUCGCAGAAGAGAGAAGGCUGGAGGCGGAGAGAGCUAGACAAAGGGAACAAGAGCUACGAAUUCAACGAGAAGAAAAUGAACGAAUUGAAAGGGAAAAUAGAGAAAGAGAUUUACAAGAAAGAGCCAGAAUUGAAGCAAUUCGUUUGCAAGAAGAAUCGAUGAAAUUAGAAGAUGAACGACGAAGAGAAGAUCUCCGGCGACAGGAAGAGAUCAGGCUACGAGAAGCUAGACAACGCGAGCUUCGAAGACAGGAAGAAUUUGUGAGAGAACAAGAACUUAGACGCCGAGGAGGGACCAGUAGACAAACCGAAAACACUGAGCCAGGUAUUUCUCGUCGGAGAGGUGACAGUCAGCCUGAAGAAGAGCCCGGACUGAACACUGUGAUUCAAUAUGGACCUGACCCGUAUCAGGAGGGUAGAUUUACAGACGAAUCGCGCAGGCAACAAGAAGCUCAUCGUCGAGUAGAAGAAGAAUACCGAAGACGCCAAGGACCUGACUCAACUUACGACCGGGAAAACUCAAGGCGGAUAUCUUACCGCACACGCCAUCAGUGGUCCGCUGCUACAGAGGGUGAUUACGGCACCAACCUUGAAAUCCCUGAAACCUUGCAUGAGCCUGGAUUACUAACACGAAACCUUGACCGAGCUACUAACGUUCAUGACGGCUUUAUAACCAGUGCUCCCUUCAAAAACAGCUCUGUGUCUACUUCAAUAAAAGAAACAACGCGUGUUAACACACAUAACACCAUAGGACCUGUGACUCCUAAUGGUACUAGGUAUAGCUAUGUUGGACGUUCUUUUGGUGAUGAUAUUGUAGGACACAGUAGUAAUGCAAUACCUUACAUUGAGAGGGAUGGGGGCACUCCUGGUUCUUAUCACAGUUCAUCUUCGCAUGUACGUAGUGGGAACUUUAUAGGUGGCGGCAUAUCCACUAAUGGUCUAACUUCAACUACCACUCGUAAAAGGGUCAAUGUAACGAGAACCAUUUACUCAUAUCCAGCUACUGAAAUUAACAGGACAUUUUCUGGUGACUUUUUGCCUCACAAAUUUCCUGGUAGAAGACAAAAUAAUGGUAUGCAAUCUACGAGUGACUAUCGAAAGUUUGAGAACCAACGUGAUCAACCCCAAUCUGAUUCCCUUUCAGCCUACGCGUUCACAGGAGGAGAGACAGAGUUUGCUGAUGGGCGAGAGUUUACCGAGGCAGAUUCACCGGGCGCCUCAUCCAUCAGCGCAAAGAAUGCAAGAGCCAUCCACCGUCAAUGGCGCCGCAAACGACACCAAGUGCCACGAGACCAAAACGGUGCCAAAGUCUUGAAGAAAGGCCUUAAACGGCUUAAGAAAGGCAGACGAGGAAUGAGAAAAGCCUUUUUGAAGAAGCAAGCUCUCCGCAGAAUGCGUCAGAAUAUGAUAGAAAAGCCGGAAGUGAACUAAAUCCUUGACAUUGCGAUAUUCAGAAGAUAAUCUGAAAUAAUUCUACUUUGCAGUGUCACAUCGAGUAGUGAGUCGAUAUGAAUUGCUCUGCUCGGUUCAUCGCAAUGCAUCUUGAAUUAUACCUGACUGACCAAGGUCAUUUCAGCAAUCACUGCCUUUCAGUUUUGUGUUCAAGUGCCCGCUAAUUACCGCUGGUUAUACUCCUAUGUUUAACUGUUGAUUUUUUAAUUGUCUUUUUUUUACUACUCAGCUCGUAUAAAAUUAUGUUUUUUUUUCAAUCAAUUCAAUAUUGCCUUCAAGCUUUCAGGCGUAAGCCAUACCCAUGAUCAAUCGAAGAAGAUGGAAAAAGUUUGCAAAAAACUUCUAAGGCACAUGGUUAAGGGCGUAUUUCCGAAACUUUAAAUCAGUAGACUUAAGCAUCACUAACGGUUUAGACAUUUCCUUGAAUCAAUUGCGAGGUGAACGUAAAAUUUUUGCCAUAUUUUUUCCAAAGUUGCUAACAAUUUUGAAAAUUUCAUGCUAAUUUUCUAUUAUUUAUGAAGUUGUGAAAGAGAACACACCACGAGUCAUUGUUAUUUAUCAACGUUUGUGUUUUUGUUACUAGAUUAUAACUAUUCAAACGUAACUUAAAUUAUACGUUAUUGUUCUAAAGCCACUCAAUGCUUCUAUUAUAUUACUGCUUAUGUGACUAACGUGUGCCGAUUUAUUUUCCUAAAUUCCAUACGUAUUAUUUGAGCUUGUACAAAACUCAGCAAAAAUCUCCUGAUCUGUAAGAAACUUAUACUAAAUUUCAUCUAAUACGUGAUGCCUCGUCAUCGUUUUGUUUCAAAAUUUAUAUCCAAAUUCCAUUAAUAGCCAUAAAUAUAUUAACUAAAAUAGCGUAUAGGGGUAGUUAAUAAAUUUAUUGCGUGGAAUAGAAUUUCUGGAAAUCUGGAAAUACUAGCAUAUGCUUCAUUUGUUCAUUGCAAUAAAUAUAAUGCACAAAUUCUCCUUUUUAAAUGCAUUCAGUGAUCCUUGAACAAAACGUCGCUUCAGUGACAUAAAAUGGCAGGAAUAAAAAUAAUCAUAUCGUU